AUACAAUUGGUUUAGAAAAACUAGGUUAGUAGUGCGGCAGUCAUGACAGAGGGGAGAAAGUAGGUCACAGACUGAGUACCGUAUAUCCCAGUUUUUGAAACAGAGGAUUCUAUCAUUGAAUGUAGAUGGCCUAGCUGAUUUAUCUAAUGUAAGUAGAGCACCUAGCUCAGUGUCUCAGAGAAGGAGUACCAGACCAACCAACCAGAAGGUGCACAUAGAUACUGUGACAUGAUCCUGGGGCCCAUUGUUGUGCCAUUCAUCCACCGCCAUCACCACAUGUUUUCAGCAUGAUAAUGCAUGGCCCCAUGUCGCAAGGAUCUAUACACAAUUCCUGGAAGCUAAAAAUCCCAGUUGGUCCAUUGUCCAAAUACUCACGUCACCCAUUGAGCAUGUUUGGGAUGCUUGACGUGUACGACAGCGUUUUCCAUUUCCCGCAAAUAACCAGCAACUUCGCACAGCCAUUGAAGAGGGAUGGGACAUUCCACAGGCCACAAUCAACAGCCUGAUCAACUCUGAAGCAUUGCUCUCAACCUUUGCCUCUCCCCGAGUCCCAUCGCUGCAACUCCCCUACGGACAAGACAAAGUUCAAAUUGGAUAUCCCGAGAUUGGGGAGAAAAAGGGAGCAAUUGCAAAUGGAUGGAAGGAAAUUCCAGAAGCUGGAAUGAACAUUUGUGAUUGUCUAAUGGCAGACCAAAGAAUGGACAUUACCUCUACAAUGAAUGAGUUCAUGUCCCCCAGCUCCAGCGACCUGAUCAGCAGCUCCGUCAACACCCCAGGCAUGGACUACACCCGCAAGAGAAAGGGCAGCACCUCUGACUACCAAAUUGAUGGAUUUUCUUUCGAGGAGUGUGGUGAUCACCAGGGCCGGAUAAAAAUUGCCAGGGAGGCACACAGUCAGAUUGAGAAGCGGCGCAGGGACAAGAUGAACAGCUUCAUAGACGAGCUGGCUGCACUAGUCCCUACCUGCAACGCUAUGUCCCGCAAGCUGGACAAACUCACGGUCCUACGCAUGGCUGUCCAGCAUAUGAAGACAUUAAGAGGAGCAGCAAACCCUUACACAGAGGCGAACUACAAGCCGUCUUUCCUGACCGAUGAUGAACUGAAGCACUUAAUAUUGAGGGCUGCUGACGGCUUUCUGUUUGUUGUUGGAUGUGAUCGUGGGAAGAUCCUUUUUGUCUCGGAGUCAGUUUACAAGAUCCUCAACUAUUGCCAGAAUGACCUAAUUGGCCAGAGUCUGUUUGAUUACCUGCAUCCUAAAGACAUUGCCAAAGUCAAGGAGCAACUGUCGUCAUCGGAUACAGCACCUCGGGAGCGGCUCAUUGAUGCCAAAACCGGUCUACCAGUUAAGACAGACAUCACCCCUGGGCCAUCUCGACUGUGCUCCGGGGCCAGACGCUCGUUCUUCUGCCGAAUGAAGUGUAACCGGCCCUAUGUCAAAACAGAGGACAAGGACUUCCCCUCCACCUGCUCCAAAAAGAAAGCAGACCGCAAGAGCUUCUGCACGAUCCACAGUACUGGCUACCUGAAGAGCUGGCAGCCCACCAAGAUGGGCCUGGACGAUGACAACGAGCCCGACAAUGAGGGCUGUAACCUCAGCUGCCUGGUGGCCAUCGGCCGGCUGCAUCCCCACAUCGUCCCCCAGCCCUCCCACAAGGACAUCCGCGUCAAACCCACCGAUUACGUCUCCCGCCACGCCAUCGAUGGGAAGUUUGUCUUUGUUGACCAGAGGGCCACAGCCAUUCUUGCAUACUUACCCCAGGAGCUUCUUGGCACCUCUUUCUACGAGUAUUUCCAUCAGGAUGAUAUUGGCCACCUGGCAGAAUGUCACAGACAAGUGCUUCAGAUGAGAGAAAAGAUCAACACAAACAGUUAUAAGUUCAAGAUUAAAGAUGGCUCCUUCAUCACUCUGCGAAGUCGCUGGUUCAGUUUCAUGAAUCCUUGGACCAAAGAGGUGGAGUACAUCGUCUCCACAAACACAGUGGUCUCGUGCAGUAUGCUUGAUGGUGCAGACUCCAACUAUCCUCAGUCUGCCGUCUCUCCCACUGCCUCUAUGGAUGGUGUGCUGACGUCAGAAGGUGGAGGGAGACGGGCCCUUCAGACGGUGCCAGGCAUCCCCGGGGGAACACAUGCAGGUGCCGGUAAGAUCGGUCGCAUGAUCGCAGAGGAGGUGAUGGAGACUCAGAGGACCCGAGGCUCAACCCCCUCCAGCUGUGGCUCCAGCCCCCUGAACAUCAGCACCCCUCCUCCAGACUGCUCUCCAGGGGGCAAGAGUAUUCAAAAUGGAACGCCAGACCUUCCGUCGGCAGGGAUGCUACCAGGAGGACCCGACACCGUUGGAUACCCAUACUCCAACCAGUCUAUUAUGAGUGACAACUCGCACCUCAGCAUUGACGAACCAGGCUCCAGUAAUGACGAGGCAGCCAUGGCUGUGAUCAUGAGUCUCCUGGAGGCUGAUGCAGGCCUCGGUGGCCCUGUAGACUUCAGUGACUUACCCUGGCCCUUGUGAGGACAGCCCCAGCAGGGCUGUUGGAAUCCUUGGCCUAAGGCCCAGAGAACCCUGAAUUGACCAUGCAGUCAUAUCAACAGGAACCAUGCUACUGUAGGACUCAUUGGAGCCAAGAGUGGGACAGGACCCCUUAGUGUACCUGUGUCUGCUGAUUGGCACUCUUCCAUUGACAUUCCCCACAGGAUGAUUCAGUUAGCAUUUUCAAUGUAUAUUUUCCUGCAUUAUUCUACCAGGAAUGUCUAGUGUUUUGAUGCUUUUACACUACAAUGGUUGGAUAUCCCCAUUGACAAAUGUAAUGAAUACAUGGUAUCAGCAGUAAAAUAUUUUUUAAAUUGAAGUUUGAUCUUAACAGAUGCGUGUUAAUGAAUAAGUAGUAUCCAUAUUUAAAAUGUUCUUGAUGAAUUGCAGGUUAUUACAUAUAAUGGAAGCAAUUUUCACAUUUGCUCCAUUGACCCUAUUGGUGCAGUGCUGGGAUAUUUUUAUCAUGUGGCAGAAAAUGUCAGCUGGAGACACCCAACUAAGCUGGCGACAAUAUACAACAGGUAUAACCAGUUAAGAUACCGGAGGUUCGUAUCCAGGAAAUCUGAGUUGCCCAUCCAUAUACCCGGGCCUCAUUGCUAAAUUAUGGAAUUCCACUGAGCCUUUUUGGAAAAGUUAGUUCAGCUUAAUGCUCAUGCAGUACUGGUCCCUUCAGACACAGUAAGCGGUUGCCACACUUAGCAGCUGAUGACAGCCGGCUGACAAGGUGCCAAUAUGUUAGGCUUGCUCUCCAACUGAAACAGAUUCAAUGUUGCACCAUUGACUGAGUAGUAGCUAAUGAACAACAUGUAAGCUUAGGUCCUUUCCAGCACAAGCAAACAUACUCAAGUGGAGUCAUUAAAUAAAAAUCUUUAUUGAGGCCAAAGCAUCAGUGAGGCUCCCCAGGUGCUCUGGUGGUAGACUGUAGUAACAGUCUCACCCACACCAACAGGCAGAGCAAGCAGAAGUGGAUAAAAUCAAACCCUUUAGGAACUACAGUACUGUAACUGUACACAGCAGCACCACCACACCCACAGACAAGUUUGUGAUUCAAAUAUUCUUGAUUUAAAAAAAAAAAAUCUCCUUUGGUCAGUUAACAGUACAAGGAGGCAAUUGUUUACUGUGUGCUUUGCUACUCCUUCCCAGGCUGUUGACAAUGUAUACCAGUUUUUUUUUGUUGCCUUAAGGCUGCACAAGAGUUGCAACGGCAAUUUGGUUUCUGCUGUCAAACUCGCUCGUCACUACAGUGCUCUGAGGGGGCGUCUGGGUCUGGCUCGUAGUGGUAGCUUGGCUGAGGCUGGAUGUCCAGUUCGUCCACCUGAGGGCCAGGGUGCAUGUUGACCAGCUGGUCCUGGGGAAUGUCCGCAGCGGCAGCUGCUAGGUUUGUGAUGGACUUGCUCUUCACACACUGGAAGUCAACAUGGCGGCUCUUGCCCUCCUCCUUCUCCCAAGACAUGCGGAUGAAGGGCCGCUGCACAUAGUUGUAGAUGACCUCUGGCCGGCCGCCGGGACGCUUCUUCACCUUCUCCUUGUAGGUGGGGUAACCUGGGAGGGUAAAAAGAGACAGUGACGUAUGUUCUGUUCAAACACUUUGUCGAAUUACCUUCUAUUAAAUACAUGUAUUAUAUUUAUA